GCUGUAGGAGGACUAGUAGUUGCUGAGCUGAUCAUGGGUGUGCGGCAAAACCAUACGAACCCACAGAGACCACACAGCACAUCCUCAGUCACCAUCACCUUAGGUGGACUCCAGAAGGUCUCUGACCACUCUGCAGCCACACAACACAAAGAGACAGUGGCUAACUGUGGUUUAAGGGUCUUCUUUUGCAAAGUUCACAAAAUCCAUGACCACAAGAAGAUACUACCGGUGCCCUCUGCAUGGCUCAGAAAUGUGAAAGUGAAGGAUGCUGGAAGCUGAGAUCUUUGGUUUCUUGGAUGGAGCCAGCUCAAGAUACCUCCAGGGCUGAAUUCCCAGGGAGAAUGGGUAGCCUGACCCUGUGCUGUUUGAAUUGCCAGCAAGGAAUCACAGAUGAGCUGAGAAGUUUUCAGUCAUUUUUCUAGUUCCCUUUCCACCCGUUUAAAAUGUGGUGACCUUGUACAUUAGUCAUAAAGCCAAAGUCCUCCAAGUCCACUGGCUGUCUGCUCACUGCUGCUCCUCUCCAAGCAUGACGAGCUACUUCCACCCUUGGGCAGCGGCUGCCCUCCUUCUGCUCGGAGACGUGAUGGUGUCAGAGGAUGUAGGAAGGACAGGAGAAGAGAUGCAGCUUCAGCUCAUCGACUUUAAUUUUGAAACCAUGCAUGUUACAUGGAAUGCAAGCAAAUAUUCUGAGACCAAUCUGACUUUCUUUUACAAACUCAAUGAAGAUGAGGUUUAUUGCGAAUGUCCCAACUAUAUUCUCCAUGAACAUCACACUGCUGGGUGCAUCCUGAAGGCUGGAGAUGAUUUUCUUGAUUUUUCCAUCUUGAACGGGGCAUAUUUGCUUCUCACCAUGAAUCUAUGGACCAGCACCUAUUUGAAGCCCAACUCCCCAAAAGAUGUGAAUUUCCUGUGGGAUCAUGAAGCAGUUACCAUUACAUGUUCUGACCUGCUGUACAAUGGCCUCUUAUAUGAAAUCCAGCACAGGAGCAACUUUGAUGCUGAGUGGCAGUCCAAGGAGGAAGAAACCUGCAAUGUUACAAUAGAAGGCUUGGAUGAUGUCAAAUGUUACUAUUUUCGGGCCAGAGUGAGAACGAAGGAGUCCACCUAUGGCCAUGACACAUACCCAAGUGACUGGUCAGAAGUGAUGCACUGGCAGAGGGGCCAACCAAGAGAUAUGUGCCUUCAGGAGAAAAAGACUUUCCCAACAUAUAUCUUAAUUUCUAGUCCGGUGGCCCUCCUGACAUCAGCCCUUCUACUUCUGUCCCUGUGGAAACAGCGGAGAGUUAGGAAGCUCCUCAUGCCCAGCGUGCCAGAUCUCAAAUUCACCUUUCCCGGGCUCUUUGAGGACCACAGAGGGAACUUCCAGGAGUGGAUCAAAGACACCCAAAACGUGGCACCCUUGAACAAGAUGGAAGAUGGGGAGAAGGAGUGUGUUCUGGAAGACGUGCCAGUGACCCAACUGGUCAAGGUGGAGGUGGACAUGCCCACAAUAGGUCAUCUGUGCCCACAGGUGGAGGAGGAAGUGGCUGGGGGCUCUGGCCAGCUACCUCACCAGCUCCCCCAAGGCGGCGACGUCAUCUCCCUCAGCGGCUUUAGGUUUCUUAUGAAUGACGACGCGUAUGUGACGCUGUGAGGGGCACAACCUCAAAACCGAGACAAAGGUCUGUAUUGUCAUUAAAGGACUAAGGGAAACGUCCCACCAGGGAGGGACACCAUGGACCAGUGACACCAGUGCCUAGAACCACUCAAGUUGCCCAUCACCAAACCAAUGUCAUACUUGUGUCGUGUUUCAAUCUCUUGACAUCUCUAUUCAAGGGCUUGAUGGUGGAUUAAGUGGAGGUGAAACACCCAACUCAUUGGCGUGUUUCUCUGCUGUCAGGUUGCAUCUCAUCACAUUUGAUAUUUUCAACAUAAAUCCUAAGGAGGAAUCUCCAGGUUGUACCAAAGUCACUUUCCUUCAAGCACACAUGUCAAGUCUUCUCUGUCAAUGCUUCCCCUUUUGAACAGGUUCUUGCAUCCUCUGUACCUUUGCACACAUCCCAGAAGGUGAGGCUUGAUGUUCCUGGGUAGUCAAAAUAAUCCUGCUUUUAAAAUACCAAGAAUUCACCAAGAAACAGUUCUGAAAGGAGAAGCCCACAAUGUCAACAAUUUGAGCAUUUUCUUGAGGAGACAUAGUUUUUGUUCCUGACUCCAUAUUCAUGACAUAAUUCUGUGACUAAGAGACAUGUGGAUUAAAAAAACCCUCAGCACAUUCACCCAAAGCUUCCAGCCUUUUGAGUUUGUGUUUUGUUCUGUUGUAUUUGGAAUAAAGAGUAAGAGAGAAAA